AUGUCACGUAAAAAAUUUCAAACAUAUGCACUAUCCGACGAACAGUUGUUGCAAUUGUUGGAUGUAUCAGAAAACGAGAAUUCUUCAAGUGAAUCGGAAACAGAUAGCUGUGAAGAUAGUUCAGAAAUGUCAUCAGAAGACAAUGUACCGGUAAAUAAUAAGCAUUUUAGACCAGUAGUUACAGGGGAUAAAUGGUUCAAUAGCCCAAAACCAUCUCAACCGAUUAUAUUUUCUCAAAAUUCUGGUUUGAAAGUUCAAACAGCAGGACAUAAAGAAAUCGAUUAUUUUAAUUUGUUGGUAUCUGAUAGUUUUUAUAAUCUAGUUAUUGAUGAAACCAAUUUGUAUGCAGUAGAAAUACUAAAAGAUUAUUGGAAAACUGAUGAUUUGUUCGAUUUGCAAUGUUUUCGUAAACAUAUGAGUAGAAAUCGUUUCCUACUUAUUCUCCGCGCAUUACAUUUCGGUCAUCCCAAUGAAAAUCAAAAUGACAGACUUUUUAGAAUUCAACCCAUUUUAAAUUAUCUUAAUAACAAAAUGGAUGAUAUUUACUACCCCGAGAAGAAUUUAUCAAUCGACGAAUCAAUGAUUUUAUGGAGAGGUAGAUUGAUAUUUCGUCAAUAUAUUAAAGGCAAACGGCAUAAAUUCGGUAUUAAAUUAUAUAUGCUUACUGAAUCAGCGGGUUUAAAUUUAAGAAUGUUUAUUUAUUGCGGUCAAAAACUCACAAAGAUUUACCGACCUCAGGUUUUCAGUCAUACUGAGGACGUAGUUAUGAGUCUAAUGAAAGGAAAAUUAAAUAAUAGCCAUUCUUUAUACAUGGACAACUUUUACAACAUCGUAGAUUUAGCUCACAAACUUUUGUUAAAACAAACCUAUUGCACCGGUACAUUACGAAUGAACAGGAAAAAUAAUCCAAAGGAAGUAACCAGUAAAAAAUUGAAAACUGGAGAACUUAUUUCAAAAUAUACAAAUGAUGGAAUAUGCGUGUUUAAGUGGAAAGAUAAACGGGAAGUAUUAGGUUUAUUGACUGAAUGGAAAGCGGACUUAGAGAAUGUGAAAAAUAGGAAAGGUGACGAAAAAGAAAAGCUAGUGCCUAUUAUAAAUUAUAACAAGUUUAUGUCGGGAGUAGAUCGUCAGGAUCAGAUGUUAUCUUAUUACCCGUGUGAACGGAAAACCCUUCGUUGUUAUUCAUUUCGACUAGCCGUCAUACGAGAACUAUUACAAAAAUCUCAAGAACAACCACUGUCAUCUACGUUAUCUGAUAAUAAAAAUAUGCAUGCUCCUGAACUUUUACCAACAAGUGAAAAGUCUUCCAAAACACAAAGAAAGAGAUGCCGUUACUGUGGUGAGAUUGGAAAUCGUAAAGAUACAUCUUAUUUUUGUUCAGGUUGCAAUGAAAAACCUCCCUUAUGUUUAGAACCAUGCUUUAAAAAAUACCAUAUUCUGUAA